AUGUCUUCCAAAACGUUAAGCUUGUUUUCCUCUGAUUUGUACUCUUCCGAUGAGGAUGAAGACCUAAUAAACACCAGCAAUAACCAUAACUCCUCAUUGCUGAGCCAGCCCUCAGAAAAGCCUGAACAGGAACCAUCUUCUCAUCUUACGCAAAGUAAUGUCCAAGAUCCAGAACAGGAAGAUAACAACGUAUUAGAAACUAGUGUGGUUCUCUCUCUAUGCUAUCAAAAGGGAAGACUUGGAGUUGCAUCUUUUGAUUCGAAUACUGGAGAGUUGUGGUGUGGUGAAACCAACGAAAAUUCAUUGUUUGAAGCGACAGAGUACGUCAAGUAUGAAGUAAAGCCUAAUCUCAUCCUUGUACCUUCAAGAACAGAGAAUUCAUUCAUAAAAAAUGUAAAGAAGCCGAUUGAAGGAGCGAAAGAGCAAGUCGAGGUUAGGCUUCUCAAAGCGUCCGACUUUGCACACGAUAAUUCAACCAAAAAGCUUCAAUUAUUGGAACAAGUAAUGAUGAAUGAUUUGCCAGAUCGGGCCGAAACUGCCAUCGGAGAGGAACCACAAAGAAAGAACUCCAUAUUUGAUUUUUCGUCUUUGCACUUGGAAGAGAAUCAUCAAACUGUGAGAGCUCUCGGAGGUCUAUUGUCAUUUCUCCAAAGCAACAGAUUGUCCUAUGGUGAGAUUGAUGACGUAGAGGUGUUGAAGAAUAUCAAAACCAUCACAAAUUUCAAAUUUGAUGGAUUUGUUCAGUUAGACAUGAACACUUUGAAAGCAUUGUCUAUCUUCAGCUUGGAAGUACAUCCUUCGACAGCUAUUCUUUCAGGCCGACCUAAAGAAGGUCUUUCAUUGUUUGGUAUCAUGAACAAGACCAAAUCAUCCGUUGGUAAAGAUCUACUAAGGCAAUGGUUUUUAAAACCGGUGAUGGAUGUAAACAUUAUUCAAAAGAGACAUGACGCUAUAGAUUUCUUUAACAAAUUCACAAUGGACGUUCUUGAUGAAAUUAGGGAAAACUUGAAAUAUGUGAAAAAUACCAAAAGAAUUCUUGCACGGAUGAGAGAGGCAAAGGCCACUGUCAAUGAUUGGAGCAAUUUGUACAAGACCUUAUAUUGCUGUAAAAACAUUUCAGAAAUACUCUUUGAAAUGGCAGAAAAUUCAAAAGUAGAUGUUAUAGAGGAGUUUUUGAGCUCAUGUAAUCAACCUGUUGUCAAAGUGUUGCAAGCCAUCUCUAAGAUUGUUGAUUUUAAAGAAUCUAGAACUCAAAACCGUUUGGUCAUUAUGUCAGGAGUAAAUUCAGAACUUGACAACCGAAGACAAACCUACGAGUCGCUCGAUACAUUUCUUGACCUUGUUGCGCAACAAGAAUCAGGCUCCUUACCUCAAGAUUUUCCCUUCUCUUUUAAGGCUGUUUACUACCCUCAACUUGGAUUUCUACUAGUGGUCGAUAAGACACCAGAAGCAAACAAUUUUGAGAAUUUUGAAGAUCAUGGCUUGAGAUUUCAUUUUGCUUCAGAUCGAUCUCUGUACUUUAAGAAUGCAACGAUGGACGAGUUGGACAGCGAAGUAGGGGAUAUUCACCAUCUCAUCAUUGAACAAGAAACAUCUAUUGCUGUUAAACUAGAAAAAUAUGUUCUUCAAUUUCAAGAUCAAAUUAACAAGCUUAAUGACGUUUGCGCAAAACUGGACUGUAUCUUGUCUCUGACAGUAUGCAGCACUGAUUUCAAUUUGUCAAGGCCAAGAAUGGUACAAGAGCCCAUAUUGAAAAUUAUUGAAGGAAGAAAUAUUCUUCAAGAGCUGACAGUCGACACCAUCAUUCCCAACGAUACGAAUUUAAGUGAAUGCAUUCAGAUAGUUACAGGGCCAAACAAUUCUGGUAAAAGCUGUUACCUCAAACAAGUCGGUUUAAUUGUAUUCAUGGCACACAUUGGAUCAUUCACACCAGCCUCUCAAGACUCUGUCAUUGGCAUUACAGAUAGAAUAAUGACAAGAAUUCAAUCCCAAGAUAGUAUUAGUGUGAAUCAGUCAACUUUUGCCAUUGAUUUACUUCAAAUGAAAGGAAUGAUCGACUAUUCCACACCUCGCUCACUCUUGCUGAUUGAUGAAUUUGGGAAAGGUACUCUUGCUCUGGAUGGAAUUGCCCUUUUAUCAUCCAUUUUAAAAAGCUUUCAAUCUAGAAAACAGCCACCUCGAGUGAUUGCCACCACUCAUUAUGUUGAAAUGUUGCAGUAUAACCUUAUUGAUUACAAAAACAAAAAUAUUCAAUUCAUGACCAUGGAUGUUCAUAUUGACAAGUCCAAUAAUAAUGAAGAUCAAAUGUUGGAUGAAUUUGAAGUUCCCAAUGCAGAAGACUUGGUAUUUCUUUACAAAUUGAAACCAGGAAAAAUUAUUCCAAGUUAUGGCAUUACGGUAGCAUCUUUGGCUGGACUUCCAGACCAUAUUAUUCACAGAGCAAAGAUUGUCGCAGAUAACAUCUCCAAAGGAAAACAAAUCAAACCCAUUCGUGAGAAUUCGAAAGGAAAACUCUUCAAGGAGCUCUAUGAGAAAUUUAUGGCUCUUGAUGUGAAUCAAGAACAAAGUAUUUCAGAGCUAUUCACUUUUGUCAAGUCUAUUUAA